GCGUGCAAACCGUAAUACACAGGUAGAAGCGAUGUUUUUCGUCGAAACCCCAGACGUAUGUCGUAGUCGAACUCUAAAUAAUCACCAAGUGACAGUGUAGUUUUUUGUCGUACCUUGUGACGCCACAGUUCUUUACAGAUGACACCGGCAUGCCUCUUUGCCGCAGCGCUGGCGCUGGCCGCCGCGCUCGCCAGCCCCGUAGCUUCCUUCCCAGAUCGAUACAAGGACGGGUCCCGUGCUCGUAGCCACCCCGCCGAAGCAACAGUUCCCCAGGACGACGCGGACCGCCAGAAGAGGGCCUACUCCUCCUGGACGGACUACGAGGGCUUCACCAGGUGGAAGCCGUCGCCGUACCAGCUCAGCAGGCCGUACUUCAUCCCCGUGUACGGCGCCGCGGGGAAGGUACCCAUCUACUUCCCCCCGCAGAAGCUGCACCUGAACCCCGGCACGCCCUUGGAUAAUCCGUUACCCAACAGGCCGUUCAGGGGCCCUGGGUACCUUCCUCCCACAACGGAGAAGGCAAUCACUAUGACGAUCACCAACAGGUUCAACGAUGACGAAGACGACAGACCUGUUUGGGGUGCCUCUAUGGACGAGAACGCGUCGACCGUCAUCCCUACAAGGUUCCCGAAGGUUUCUGACACCACAGAGUUUCCUCCACUUAUCCAUGACAUUAGCAAGGGCUCAAACGCGUUGGCUGCUGAGUCGGAAGACGUGGAAUCAGCGCCUGCGUCGAGGAUAACGACGAUUGCGCCUCCACGUGCAGGGCCGAGUAACUGCGCUUGGGCCAUAGUGUCCUGUUGUUCUGCAAGCUCCACCAGGGUGCCGGAUAGCUGUUUCGAGCAACGGGGGUGUCCCGGGCCCUUCUGGGGGAUGAGUCCGUGUGAUUCCGAGUUCGCCAAAUCCGCUAUAGCAUCCGCUUUGAAUUAUUAUCAGUCGAGAUAGUGAUUUGAAGGGGCUUUGUAAGUUAUGGGUGUAUAUAUUUGUGAUAUGCUAUGUAUAUUGUUUGAAGGAUUGUCCAGAAGCGAAAUCAACAGUUUUGUACAGCACCAAGUGCUGUUUUAAAACCGUACUAUUAGAGUUAGGAUAGGAGUUAGGAUAACAACAAAAAUUGACUGUAAGAAUGAGAUAUUCAGGAGGAGAAGAACUAUUACAAUAUUUUGUUUUGAUUAGAUUGGGGAAAAAACUAUGAGAAAACAGCAAAGAGAAACAGAUUCAGUUUUCUAGUAUUAAAAGCGCAAAUGGUCCUAUGAUUUUUUGUAUUAAGUGGUUCGGGUCUGUUCGGUACACCCUGUAUAUCAUAUUAGUCAUGUUUUAAUGACGACACAUUUCGUGAGAUUCUAUACAGUGAAUAGGAAUAUGUUAACGACGUAUUUGACGCUUCACUUUACAAUUCUUACUCCCGAUGUGCUAAUAACUUAUGUAUCACAGAAAAAUUCAUUUUUUUAUUGCGUUGUUUUAUUUAGAAAACGAAAAAGUGCUCAUCCUUGCAUUUUUUAAAUUAUUUAUUAUUGUUAAAGCUUCGUUGUGUCCUAGUUUAUGAUAUCUUCAAAUCCUAAACAAUCAUUUCAAAAAUCUACAUAAACUAGAUUUUUUAUAACUUCGUUCUUUCAAGUAACAGUCAAUUUUCCCGUGACGUCACUUCUAUUUGGACCCGUUUUUUUUUUUCAUUCUAAAACAGCGUCCUGUGAAAUGUCGCUCGAAUGCGCCGGAUGUGACGUCGUAGUGGAAAACUAUCCGAUUGAAUAAACCACUCUCCGGCUACAAUAUGUCGCGAUGGCAGCGGUUGCUCUAAUUAAAUUUUCCGAUUUUCCAACGAAAAUUCCGAGGGAAUCGCGAGUUAGCUUUAACGUAGCCUUAGGACGUGUAUGUUAAGAUUAAUUGUAAAUACAGGUGCUCUAUUUAUUAAUAAAAAUAUUCGAAAGUGUA